AUGGUGUGGCACUCAGAGGCGGCCCGCCAGCUGAAAGGGUGCCAGGAAAGGAUCACAAAUGAGACAACGGCCCUGAGGGACAGGGUGGCUGAGCUGGAAGAGGAACGUGCCAGGCAAAGGAAGCAGCUGGAGAGGUUGGUACAGAGGGAGAAGGACCUCCAGAAGCAACUGAGCCAAGCCAAGGAGGGUCGGAAGACGCUCAACGCAACCCUGACAGACUGCUUGGAGAACAUGACCCGGUUGGAUGCCAACCUGUCAGCUCUUCACCAUGAGUUGCUUCAUCUCCAAGCCGAAGAAAUGGAGAUGGACAGCCAGAAUGGAGCUUUGUUGGUGCAAAUGGCCCAGUGGCAAGGAAAGGCGGCCGAACUCGGAGCAAAAUUGGAGGAGGCCACAGAAGCCCAAAUGGCAGCCAAUGCAGAGAAGGAGCAUUGCCAUGCGCGGGAGAGUGCGCUCCAAGAAAGCGUGCGCAGCUACCUGGCAGAGAUUGCCUCCCUCCAGUGCCGCCUCCAAGCCCGCUCUUCCUCCUCCUCCUCCCGCCGCAAGGGUCCCCCGUUCCGGUACAUAUUCUGGGGGAUGGCGAUCUUUUGCAUUCUUUUCCCACUUGAAGGGCUGAGCUUUCUUUUCCAAGCACCUGCGAAGCAGUGAAAACCCAAGGAAAGAUUUGGCGGCUUAAACAGAAGAUUCAUGCGCCAGAUUCAGCAUCAAUGUUUGGAAAAAUGUUUGGAAAAAGAGAGAAAAAGAACUC